ACAAAUCUUUAGUUUCCGCUUACUUAGUAACUGAAAUUGAUUGUCAUGACCAAGUUGAGUGAAACUAAAAUACCAAUGAAUGACUUUCUGAUAGCAUACAGGAGCCAGCCCAGCCUAUACAAUUCAUUGCUCGACACAUACAAAAAUCGCACAUCUCGGGAGGAGGCUUACAAGGCAAUCAUUAAGUCUUUAAAAAUCCCUCAGCUGACCGUUCUGGAUAUUAAACUCAAAAUCAAAAGUAUUCGAACAGUGUACACUAAAGAGCUGCGUAUUUUGAUGCGGGAGAAGGAACAAGGACGCCCAUAUGAGCCCAAACUCUUUUGGUUUAAGCUAGCUGAUUCAUUUCUUCGUGCCGUUUCUUUAUCCCACUGCAAACGGAUAAAGAAUAAACAUACUAAUUCUCCCGCCAAUCUGUCAACGAAACAAGAAAUGCAAACACGAAAAUCAGUUUUCAAUACAACUUCGAAUAUUAUGGAUGAGGAUGCUUUAGAAGGUGAACAGGAGGACGAUCAUAUAGAAGAACCCUAUGCUAAUAUAGUAGAUAAUUCAAAUAAAACGAACAGUGCCAAGCCCGCCUUAAUCGCGACAUCAAGCGUGAACAACAAUCAUCACCAUGGGAAUAGUUGCAUCAUUUCAAUAUCCAGUGAAGAUGUGUCCAGUAUUGCUAUGACCUCCGCUUCCACGGCAUCGGUAUCUCUACCACGUACACCCAAUAAAACUGAACUAAUAAUUGAUGAUUCGUCAUUAUGCAUGAUGGAACAGCAGCAACAUCAACAUGAGCCCGCACCACAACGUAAACUAAACCUUAUCCAACAACAAAGAGUUUCAGCUACCUCGUUUGCACUACCAUCACAGCAGCAGAAGGAUAUGUCUUUAGGCAAUGUCGAGGACGAUUUGGUUGUUUUCGGGCAAAGCAUUGCAUCCCAAUUGCGUAGCAUAACAGAUGCGUAUUCUCGGUCCGUUGCGAAAUUGCGAAUACAGCAAGUCCUGUUUGAAGCUGAAACGGGCCAAUUACAAAGUAACGAAGCAGUUGGUUCCCACCUGCAUACGUUUUAAGAAAUGCAUUAUACAAGUCUAGAUAAAUAACUUAUUACAAACCAAAACAAUUAUAUUUAUUUAUGUACAUAGUCUUAAUUAAAAAACGUAUAUAAGGAAAUCA